AGAUCGUGUUCUGCACCAUGUGGGCGAAAAGACAUGGAUACAUCGCUGUCUGUCACUGGGAUUGGCAUUUCCGAGGGGGGGGGUCGCCUUGGUCGUUCAUCUAGCUCAGCUGGGGAUUGGCACCGGAUAGAUAGAAAAGGAGCGUAGUUCCCCUUCUCCCUCGAGGGCUCUAUCGUGUCUCUCUAGUUGAUGCUGUGCGUUUCCCUACCUCAAACACCAAACAGGCCGUCGGUUGCUGUUGUCAUCUAUCACCAGAAAGAAACGCAAACACAAGGGAAAAGACAAUGCAUCUCCCAACCCUCCUAGCCACGGUCACCGCCGCCUUCGCAACCACCGCCCUAGGCAGCACCGGCAUCAACGACUUCAGCUGCCGCAGCACGGCGCACCCCAACCCGGUUGUCCUGCUGCACGGGCUGGGCGCCACCUUCUACGAGGACCUGAACUACCUGCAGGGCUGGCUGCAGGCGCAGGGCUACUGCACCUUCGCGCAGACCUACGGCGCGUACGCGGGGUUCCCCUUCCUGGGCGGGCUGCGGAGCAUCAACGAGUCCGCCGUCGAGAUCGCCGCCUACAUCCGCGAGGUCCACGCGCAGACGGGCGCCGACAAGAUCGACCUGGUCGGCCACUCUGAGGGUGCCUUCCAAUCGCUGUACGUGCCCAAGUUCGAGGCCGGGGUCGCGGACCUGCUGGACAAGGUGGUGGCGAUCGCGCCGCCGACGCGCGGCACCACCUUCAUCGGCCUAUAUAACCUGGCGUAUCUGUUUGGGAAUGUCUCCCGCGAGGCCGUCGGUGAGGUGCUGGAUACGCUGGGGUGUCCCGCGUGCGAUGAGCUGGGUCCCGACGGGGCGGCGGUCGAGCAAUUGAAUGACGGGGCGCCUAUCGUGCAGAGUGGCAAUAGCUUGACCGUGAUUGUGUCCCGGCUCGAUGAGAUGGUCACGCCGACGAGUACCUCGUUUGUGCACGAGGACGGCGUGCGGAACGAGUGGGUGCAGGAUACCUGUCCGCUGGAUCCGGUGGGGCACAUCGGCGAGGCUUAUGAUUUGAAUGUGUGGAAUCUGGUGAAGAACGCGCUGGAUGACACGCCGGAUCGGAAGUUCGUGUGUCUGUUGGGGUCCCCUGGGAAAUAGAGCAUGAGAUGUGUAUGGAUUGACAAAAAGGUCAGAUUUGUACAGUCUAGCGGGAAAAUGUGGCAGUGUAUAUAAUGUAUAAUUCAAGCACAAUCCUAGUAUAUUAUUUCGG